AUGCUCCGUCAACUGUCACUGGUCGUGACAAGUAGAUCAACGAGCUCAAGGCUCUUCGUCUCUCUAACCAAGAGAAGAGGACUGGCGUCGGCGGGAAACGACGGCACCGAAGAACCGCCCAAGUCGCCGAAACCCCAGGUACCACCGGCUGACGUCCUCGACGAGGACCUGCUCACCGAGUUGUUCGCUGCUGAUGAAGACCUGCGCAGGCUUGAGAAGCAGCGCCAGCUUGAAAGCGUCCAAGAAGAGGGUCAACGGCGUCAGGAGCAGGUCUCACCUGCUGCUACCUUCUUUGGUCCAGCGUUCGCAACGGACCUGGCGCCGGCGGAGGUAGCGGCGUUGCUCACGGAGCUGGAGAAGCGCAUUACGCAGGACGUCGACCCGGAUACGAAAACACCUGUAUCCAGACUACACGUUUCACUGUUACCCCUGCUGCACUAUGGAACUCGUCUCACGACGCAUCGUAUGUACGUUGCGGGGCACGAGCUGGGCGAGCACCCGAUGGAACACAAAGCCUCCCUCGAGGUCGAUACCGACGCACUCGUGCAACGCGGCCUGAUAUCGCAGAGCUUGCGUAGAGCGAUGGAGGUUAUCGCGGGGCAGCGCUUUCAACCGCCGUCAUGCAUACGUCUAACAUGUGGUCGUUUCGCAAGUCGUGCGGAAAACGUCCGCUGGCUUCUUUAUGUUUUCGACUCGCUGGUACAACACGCACGCUACGCAGUAGGCGAAUGGGACAGACAGCAGCUCCAGCGAUGGCGGUAUCCAGGCGGUACCGCGGAUGCUCCAUCAUCACACGAGAUGGACUGGUUGCAGUCGCGCUGGGACGCGUCCUCUGAGCGCCAAUUGAACGGAUAUCUGGAAGGUCUGCCUCAGAUCCUGGUCAACGAGCGGCAACGCUGGUUGCGUAUUGAUCGCGAUCUCGGUGAGCCUUUUCCCUAUCCAGGAAGCGAGCCCUGA